CUAAGAGCGUGGUAUACACAUUCACAAAUCAACUCCAAUAAAAAACCACCUACUGUAUGUGAUAUACACGUUCGAUUAACGCGCGUGUAUAUAAAGUGAUUUAUCUCACUACGCUUUCAAGUGAGAACCCUUUUCUUCUAUAUACCUCCGCCCCCAGUCUUCGUUUUGUUAAACUCAGAGAAAUUUCAGCGAAAAAAGAGAAAAAUCAUUGAGAGAAAUGGAGCAGACGAAACCCUAAUCGGAAGAGUAAGAAGGAGAAUCGAUGAUUUUCAAGUGUUUUUUCGGUUGGUAUUGUGGUUUUUGAUCAAUCAAUCGAAGGUUAGUUGUAUUGUUUUUGCUAAUUUAUGUUUUUUCAGAGGUUUAAUUGAAGAAAAAACGAGGAGAUUUGAUUGUCAUUGGUGUUUAUUGGAUGAUAUUAGAUAGGGAUUUUGAUUUGAUUGUUGAAACGAGGAUAUAUUGUUAUAUAGGUGUAGAGACUGUUAAAUUAACGUAGAGAUAUAUAUUAGGAGGUUGGUGGUUGUUAUUGUCAUGCGAUUUUCGCGGAUAGCGUCGUUUGAGAGGAGUAGGUCGGAUACGAAAUUGGUGUAUUCUAGGGCUAGGAAGAAACAUAAAAGACUAGAUGAAGUCUGUGAAGAAACGUAUAAUCAGAACCAUAAUGGUGUUGAUAAAGUUGAGACGAGUGAGUGGAAUGGUGAGGAGAGUGAGGUUGAGCUACGGAGGAGCUCUAGGGUUAGAAAAGCUCCUGUUGUGCUUGAUGCAUCGCCUCAUCCUGCGAGGAAGCGCCAGAAGAUUGAUAGGAGUGGGGUGAGAAGUAGUAGCAGGUUGGAGAAAGGAGAUAUGGUGAAGGUGGAGUCACCUUGUUCAACUUCCAACCAUUUGGAAGAAGGCACUAGUGCUUGGGGAUUGAGAUUGAGAGCUAGGAGUAAGAGAAUGAAUAAUAGAGUGAGGAACAGUGUGGAUUCGUCUCCGGUGGGUAAAAGGAAGAUUUUUCAAGAUGUUGACGAGCUGAAGGAAGAAACAGAGUUAGAGGUUGCAGAGUUGGAUAAAGAAGAAGAUAGUGAAUGUGAAAAGUCAACUAUAGUUAAGUCGAAGAGACCUGGAAGAAUAAAAGCUUCAAAUGUAAGGGUUACUGAGCAGCAAGAAACUGGUACAGGUGGUGGUGUGGAGGAUGGUAAGAUGAUAGACCAGGAGGAGCUGCUACAUGUGAGGGAUGAAACAGAUGACAGCAUUUCAACAACUAGAUUUAAGGAGGGGGUUGAGGAUGGCAAUGUGGCAUUGCCGUUAGAUAAUGAAGACAAGGCUCAGUUAGAGACUUGUGUAGAGCCAGAAGAAUUCCACACGGCUGACCAGGUGAGUAUGCUGGAACAGGAUUUGCAAAGAAGAAAUGAAAUGAGUGUUUGGGUGAAUGACCAAAAGGAUGGUGUGGAAGGUGGUUUACUUCCUAAUGAUGAAAAAGAUGAAGGCACAGAGAAAGAAGCUCAAGAUGAAGUUGACAGAGUUGAUUUUGCCCAGGAAAAAGAUGGAGGCACAGAGAAACAAGCUGAAGUUGAAGUUGACAGAGUUGAUUAUGCCCAGGAAAAAGAUGAAGGUGUUUUUAGUGAUAAAGCUCUGGAAAUGGAGAAGGUGGUCAAGAAAGAAUGUCCUUCUGAUAAUAAUUUGAGAAAGCGGCGAAUAAGAGAGGGAAGACAUUGUGGUUUGUGUGGAGGAGGUACUGAUGGUAAACCUCCAAAAAAGCUAGUUUAUGGGGCUGCCAGUGAUGAUGAAGAACGCAGUGGGUCCUCUGCUUCUGAUGAACCUAACUAUGACAUGUGGGAUGGAUUUGGUGAUGAACCUGGCUGGCUUGGACGCCUCUUGGGGCCCAUAAAUGAUCGAUAUGGUAUAGCUGGGAUUUGGGUGCAUCAGCAAUGUGCUGUGUGGAGCCCAGAGGUUUAUUUUGCUGGCUUGGGAUGCUUGAAAAACGUUAGAGCAGCGCUCUGCAGGGGAAGGGUCUUAAAAUGUAGCCGCUGUGGAAGGCCUGGGGCAACAAUUGGUUGCCGUGUUGAUAGAUGUCCCAAAACUUAUCACCUGCCUUGUGCACGGGCAAAUGGCUGCAUCUUUGACCAUCGUAAAUUUCUCAUUGCCUGUACAGAUCACCGACAUCUCUUCCAACCAUAUGGAAGUAAUUAUUUGCAACGUAUAAAGAAAUUGAAAGCUAGAAAAAUGAAGUUUGAGCUGAGGAAGUUGUCAAAUGAAGCAUUGCGCAAGGAUGUUGAUGCAGAGGAAAAAUGGUUAGAGAACUGUGGAGAGGAUGAGGAGUUUUUGAAACGUGAAAGCAAAAGACUUCAUCGAGAUCUAUUGAGAAUUGCGCCUGUAUAUAUUGGAGGUUCAAACUCCGAUGCUGGUGUACAGUUUCAGGGUUGGGACUCUGUUGCCGGGCUCCACGAUGUCAUCCAAUGUAUGAAAGAGGUUGUCAUCUUACCACUUUUGUAUCCUGAGCUCUUUAGUUCUCUGGGGCUUACACCUCCUAGAGGAGUUCUUUUGCACGGAUAUCCUGGGACAGGUAAAACUUUGAUAGUACGGGCACUGAUUGGUUCAUGUGCACGCGGCGAUAAACGAAUAGCAUAUUUUGCUCGUAAAGGGGCAGAUUGUUUGGGGAAGUAUGUCGGGGAUGCUGAGCGUCAGCUAAGACUUCUUUUUCAGGUAGCCGAGAAAUCUCAACCUUCUGUCAUUUUCUUCGAUGAAAUAGAUGGUUUGGCACCUUGCCGUGGUAGGCAGCAAGACCAGACACAUAGUUCGGUCGUGUCCACUUUGCUUGCUCUAAUGGAUGGUUUAAAAUCUAGAGGUUCAGUAGUAGUAAUAGGUGCCACAAAUCGUCCGGAUGCUGUUGAUCCCGCAUUAAGGCGUCCGGGUAGGUUUGAUCGUGAGAUUUAUUUUCCACUUCCAUCUGUUAAGGACAGAGAAUCUAUUCUUUCAUUGCAUACAAAGAAAUGGCCUAAGCCAGUGUCUGGACCAGUACUCAAGUGGAUAGCUAGCAAGACAGUGGGCUUUGCUGGUGCUGAUUUGCAGGCUCUGUGUACUCAGGCUGCCAUAAUUGCUCUAAAAAGGAGCUUUCCCUUGCAUAAGCGACUCUCUGCUGUUGUAAAGGUGCCCAAUGCUUCAUGUCCCCCUCUUCCCAAUUUUAAGGUGGAGGAGAGGGAUUGGGUAGAGGCUCUUACAUGUGCACCACCUCCAUGUUCACGUCGAGAAGCUGGAAUGGUUGCAAAUGACGUGGUUUCAGCACCUCUACACACUUUUCUUGUUCCAUGUCUGCUGCAACCUCUUAGUAGAUUGAUUGUAUCCCUUUAUCUGGACGAACGCCUCUGGUUGCCGCCUCUACUCUUCAAAGCUGCUGAAUUUGUAAAAGAUGUUGUUCUUUCUGCAAUGGUUGAGAAGAAAUUACCAAGCAAUAAUUGGCAGUCCUAUGUUAAUGAUUUGCUUCAAGAACCAGAUGUUAUCAGUCAGAUUGAGAAUCACUUUGUACGUGCCAACAUUCUGGAUGGAGAUGCUAAUAUUGGUGGUUUUGAUGCUGUUGAUGAUGGCAUUGUUCAUGGUCUCUCUAAUUCUCAACCAUCAAAAUUGCAGUUGGCAGGGGCUCGGCCUAAAUUGUUGAAGAAUAUCUUUCAUAUGGCCGGAAACAAAUCGGGAUUUAGAAUACUAAUUUCUGGAAACCCAAGAUCUGGCCAAAGGCAUCUUGCUUCCUCUCUUCUUCAUUGUUUUGUUGGUAAUGUUGAUGUCCAGAAGGUGGAUUUGGCUACUAUUUCUCAAGAAGGACAUGGAGACAUCAUUCAGGGGUUGACGCAGAUACUGAUGAGAUGUGCUAGUGUGGAUAAGUGCAUGAUAUUUAUGCCAAGAGUUGAUUUAUGGGCCAUGGAGACAUCUGACCUAGUCUGUCAAGAUGAUGGUUCCUCUUUAGUAAACCCUGAAUCAUUAGGCAAGGACAAGGAAAGGAGCUUUAACCAUAGUGCUGAGCAGGCUGGAGAUGCUCUCAAAAGAGCCUCCUAUCUGUGGAGCUCCUUUGUUGAGCAAGUGGAAAGUAUAUGCAUGGCCACAUCCUUGAUGCUUCUGGCUACAUCUGAUGUACCAUUGGAAGCACUCCCUAUUAGAGUGAGGCAGUUCUUUAAAAGUCAGGCGUUGAACAACAGUAUCCUAUUUCCCUUGGAGGAUUCAGUUUCUAGAUUUUCUGAGCAGCUUGAUAGAAAUUUUGAUGAAGAAUGUCUGAUUGAUUCCUCAGCCGCUAAGUUGUCAAAAGAUUUAGCUCAGCACUUCAUUCAGCUGAUUCAUCGUACAAACCAUGUCCACUUGCAGACAUGCAAUGAUGAAGCUAGUGAUAAAUCUGAGGGUGAUGCUGCCAUAGAAUGUCAGAGGUCAGAUCUUAGAUCAACCAUUGAGCCUGUGAAUAAACAAUGUCCACUUCCUACUUCUGCAAUAGCCAACAGUAGAAAUGUAAAAGGGAAAUCAAACUUGAUGUUAGCAAUUACCACAUUUGGCUAUCAAAUUCUGAGAUAUCCUCAUUUUGCUGAACUUUGCUGGUUUACAUCCAAAUUAAGAGAAGGUCCUUGUGUUGACAUAAAUGGACCUUGGAAGGGUUGGCCAUUCAAUUCUUGUGUCAUUCGUCCUGUUAUCUCAAUAGGAAAUGUUACCCUUCCACUCAACAAUAAUAAAGGCAAAGAGAAAUACUGUAUGGUGCGAGGCCUGAUAGCCAUUGGAUUGUUGGCAUACAGAGGCAAAUAUUCAUCCGUCAGAGAAGUUUCUGCAGAGGUUCGAAAAGUUCUUGAGCUUCUGGUUGAACAGAUCAAUGAUAAAAUUCGGAAUGGGAGGGAUAGAUAUCAAUUUGUUCGUCUUUUAUCCCAAGUUGCUUAUCUCGAUGACUUGGUUAAUAGCUGGGUUUAUUCGUUGCAGAGUUUAGGGGGAGAGACUCAACUUGCAGAGGCAAACACAAAGAUUAGUUGUGCUGGACUUCCAGAAAGCGCUGAUGCUCCUGAGAAUACACCUCUGAGGGAAGGAGGUUGCAAGCCAGAAGAAUUUCUUGAGAAAGCUGAGACGUUGGAAACAUGUCGUCCAGAACUAACUGCUGAAAAUUGUACGCCUGCUAUUCCUGAAGCAUAUGGUGUUUCUAAUUUUCCAGAUAUUGGAGCUGUAGAACGUGAGCCUCCCCACUUGGUGGCUGUAAACCAUUCUGUCCCUUCUAGGCAAGUUACUAGUUCUGAGCACAGUGUUCUUAAUGAUAAUUCAUGCAUGCCAGAUGAUACUGACAAACAUUUAGGAAAUAUUGGAGAUUGUGUAUUAAAGAGACAAUCUAAUGGGCUCAUUCAAGAGGAUGGUAGUAAUCAUUCCAGGUACGGGCGUGGUAUUGAUGAGCAUUCUAGUUAUACGUUGAGUUCCAACUCAAAUGGCAGAUUGUCCACUCCGAACAACCUUCAAAUUGGAGAUAGCAACCAAAAGUCUGUUGGCAAUAGCUUAGGUCUUGAAUGUUCAAAUAUAUCUUCCAAUCUUUCUAUUGAUUCUAGCAUAGUGUGUUUAUAUCGGUGCUGUCCUCAGUGCCUGCUGAACCUUCAGCGCACCUUGAAAAAAAUGCUUUCCUACGAGUGGGGACUUAAAAAGGCCGAGUUUAUAGUAGAGGAUGCUUAUGACUUUCUGGCCUCGUUAGCUGCAAAUCUUCAUUCGGCUUUGAGGGUAUGGUUGUUGGCUGAUGAUUCAACUUCAUUUGAUGAGAAGCGAGUACAAGAAAGGUACGGUGAAUCCUCUGAAUGCAAGAAAACUAACUUUUGUGAAUGUAGAAACUUAGAGAACAGGUUAAUCAAGCUGAUAGAAUGCAACUGCCAUUUGAAAAGCAGUGACCAAACUGAGAAAUGCAAAUCUUCUCAGAAUUUGUCUCAGGAUUUUAUAUUUAGAGAUGGUGUACUGACCAAUUUAGAUGAGAAGAAUGUCUCUACUCAUUGUAAAUUUGAGACUUUGUGCCUUUGUUCUCUUGUAGACUGGAUAGAAAUGAGAAAAAAAAACACUUGAUUUAUUGGCGUAUGCCGGAAUUUUUUUUGUUAAUUGCAAUGUAAUAGUGGAAGUUGAACUCCGAGAUGUAAAAAUCAAAAUUUUGGCUUUCUAUUUCAGUUCUAUUUUUUUUUAA